GGUUUCGUUUUAUUCACGAACAUGGAGACUAGAUUCACGAAGAAUAAUCAGUGAUCCCAUUCGUACGAUAAUUAUCGUACACGUCACAUAAUUUGAAGCAUUGUACGAUCGUAAAUUCAACUUGUACGAUAAUUUUUACGAUAAUUCUAUAUGUAAAUAUAAUUUUCGAUAUAUCUUGAUUUUUGUUUUUGUUCGAUUGUGGAGCGCAGUGCUCGCUCAGCGCCCCCUAUUGCCCUGUACGGUACACGGUUUUAUUUAUGUAGUUGGAAAAGUUUUUAGUAUAAUGUCAGUGAUCCCAUUCGUACAAUAAUUAUCGUACGCGUCACAUAAUUUGAAGCAUUGUACGAUCCAAAAUUUAACUUGUACGAUCCAAAAUUCAGCUUGUAUGUAAUUAACGAUAACUCGAAAUUUCGAUAAGUCUUGAUUUUGAUUUUGUUUCGCGAUUUGGUUGUCGGUUGUAGCGCACCCUACCGUACACGGUUAUCAAGUUUGAAAAAGUUGGUACUUUUACUCUUUUUGCAGAUUUGAAAAUCAAAAAGUUAUACAAUUUCUAAAUCUAAAAACUAAUGUUAAGAAUAUCAGGAGUGUCAAAUCGAAAAUUCCUAAAAUUCCAAAUUUUUGCCUGUGCGUACGAUAAUUUUUCUGUGUGUACGAUAAUUUUACGGCCCUGUGUCGAUCAGACAAGCUAAAGUCUCUGGGAUCACUGGCCAUACCCCACAAUCGCAUAGACAAGCUAAAAAAAAAAAAAUCAAGUCAUCAAGUCCAGUCGCGAAAAUAUACUUUUUCGUACUUUUUUGCACUUUUGCAUAAAAAUUACAUUACAAAAAAUCUGAAAAUCCGGCGAAGAAAAUCUUUGUUAACGUAGUCAAAACUUUUUUUUCUGUAUGUACGAUAAUUUUACUGAGAACCCGAUAAUUUUACGGCACUGUGUCGAUCAGCAAGCAUAAGCUUCUAGGAUCACUGACGAAGAUAAAGAUAUUCUCUAACUCCGUGAUUUUAUUAUUCAGUAUUUAUAAUUUUAUCAUUUUUGUGAUCUUUUAUAAAAAACAAUUUGUGUGAAAUUUUAUAAUUAAAUUAAAUAAAAUAGAACUAUGAACCAACCUUUUAAUAUAACCAGUGGUUUUGAAGAAGAUUGUACAACAUUAAUAGAACGUUUCAAUAAAGUAAGCGAUAUAAGAUUUAAAAGUUUUUGUGAUAUUUGGAAAGAUUCCAAAUUUAGUUUAAUAUUUAAAGGAAAAGAACGUAUGGUUGAAUUAAUGGAGUUUUGUGAGGAGACAUUACAUUUAGUUAAACAAUAUUUGUUUGUUGGUACAUUCAAAGAUCGCAUUUGUGGAUUAUAUCUCAUGUAUGGAAUAUAUUUUAAAAUGCCAUGUUGUCAAUUUAAAAUUAGAGUUACGCAAAAAGAAUGGCAAAUGAUCUUAGAAUUGCACAAUGAAAUUAGGGAGGGAGAACAUCAUGAUGCCAAUUACAUAUUAAGCAAACUUAUCGUCAAUAAUGCUUUUAUACAUUGUCUUUUUGAACAAGAGAUCAGCUUUGAAAAAAGCUUUAAAAAGAAAGACUUUUAUCACAAUAAUUAUUCAGUUUCAUCAGCUAUUACAGAUGUGAUUGAAAAAGAUUUGAUAUUUGAAAAAAUAAAUAAAUUUAGCAAAGCUUAUCAACAGAAGAAAUCGGAAGCAAUUUGCGACAAUAAAAAUAGUCCAAGUUUAAAUUUAUUUAAUUCUAAGUUUGCUUCUGAAAUUGUAGACGAAAUUUAUAAUUUAAGUGGAAAUAAGCAAUACGAUAAAGAAAUGGAUCAAAGUGAAGAUUAAAAAAGAUGUAACUAAAUAUAAGAUCUUUGCAAAGUGACCAACUUAAUUAACUCCUAAACUUUCAACUGGUCAUUGUCGUCAAAUCCAGCACUGUGUCCUGCAUUGCGUACAAUGAAACUUGUUCCAUCAUAAUGCAUGCGCCG